UUGGAAACUAUUCAACAAGACUAAAUCUGUAGCCUAUUCCAAUUACAAUAAGUAGCCAACUUAUCGGACAACAAUAAUCAAACAAAGGCAGUUGGCUAAAAGUGGGCAUUAAACGGUAUAACUGUUUUGAAAAAACGGGGGAAAAAAGGCCGACAUAUAAUGCCUAUAGGCUGCAGCCGGCGCGCGGAAAAGGCUCGCAACAAAAAGAAGAGCCACCCAUUUACAAACAAUUGCAUGAACUAGUCUAUCUAAAAGCAAUACCUUAUUGAACAUAUAUAAGGCUGAACUUGUUGCUAAAAUAUCACAGUUUUGGCAAAAUGUAACGACUCCAAGAGGCACCAAGCCGAAAGAAAAGCGGAGCGAGAGACAACACAUUAAGAAAAAAAAAGAGCGACUCACAUACGGUGGUGACUGUCCCUACUGUCCAUAGCAUAACUCCAGCCUACAUAUUUUUAUUUAGGAAUAUAAGCAUGUUAACAUGCUCGCGGGUCAGACGCGAACGCAGCCUUGUAACUGUCAGUCCAGCAGCAGAAAACACCCGCUCUGACGGGACCGAAGUUGCGGGGAUGCAGAGGUAUUGUCGCGCUAACUUUGACAGGAACCUUCUUCCAUUCACUUUCCACCAGUCGGCAGGGUGGUAUUUCUCCCACAUAGUGAUAUUCAAUUAAAUGCUUCAAGACUCACAGUAUGCAACACAACGUCCUUUUGAUCGAUAACAAUAUAAAUUGAUCGACGCAUUUCUUAACGAUCGAUUAUCGAGCAUCGAUUAAUUAUGCCCAUCCCUAGUCAAAAUAUAAUUAUUGUGCUUGCCUCGCAUGUCAUGUGGUGCUCAGAUCAUUUUGCGCUGGUGUUCGUUGAGUGUCCUUAACCUGGCCAACCACUUGAGCUUUGAGUCUAGGGAGGAUGGUGCUGGAGGAGACGUCCCUCUCCAAAACUGUGAAUCUUUGUCAGCAGUACACAUUUUAAACCCUCUGUGUCAAUGUUGCAUACAUUUAAAGAGUUUCUUUCACGUGUACAAAUACAAAAUGCCUCCCUUUAUGCAAUAUCUAAAUGUAAAUAUACUUUUUCCUUUUUUUCUGCCUCUGCAGAAGACUGCGAUGCCUUUGGAGACCGUAGCACUCAACGUGGCGCCACCUCAGAGAUUCUGGGUGUGGACGCCCCUGGCUCCUCCCACAUGUCCAGCCACAGCGAGGAGCUGAAGAUUCUGAGCGUCUACGGAAAAGGGGAGGGCCCACUGGCGGUGGACGGCCAUGACACCCUCUUCACCGCGUCAGAAGUGGAGGCCCUGAACUCGCUGCCUGCGGACCACAGCGCGGCCAAGAGCCUGGAGCGCGGCGAGCGGCUGAUCUGCCACGAGGAGCUGCGUGUGCAGCAGCAGACUCCAGACACCAUUUCAAUCAAGGUUGAAGAGGAUAUUGGUGGAGGCUUGCCCGCCGUGGAAGACUGCGAUGCCUUCGGAGACCGUAGCACUCAGUGUGGCGCCACCUCAGAGAUUCUGGGUGUGGACGCCCCUGGCUCCUCCUCCCACAUGUCCAGUCACAGCGAGGAACUGGUGCAGCAAACCCCAGACACCAUUUCAAUGAAGCUUGAAGAGGAUAUUGGUGGAGGCUUGCCCGCUGGAGAAGACUGCGAUGCCUUUAGAGACCGUAGCAAUCAGCGCAACGCCACCUCAGAGAUUCUGGGUGAGGACGCCCCUGGCUCCUCCCACAUGUCCAGUCACAGCGAGGAACUGAAGAUUCUGAGUGUCUACGGAAAAGGGGAGGGCCCACUGGCGGUGGAUGGUUGGUGGAAGGUUUCUCCCAACAAUGCCAAUAUGAUCGUACACAUGAGGACCCGACCAGACGAGAAGCCGUACGGGUGUGACCAAUGCACGAAGAGCUUCAGUCAGAAAGGCAACCUGAAAAUCCACAUGAGUACGCACUGCGGGGAGAAGCCCUACAGGUGUGACCAAUGCGCAAAGCACUACAGUCAAAGCUACACCCUCAAGAUGCACAUGAGGACCCACACCGGCGAGAAACCCCACAGGUGUGACCAAUGCAGGAAGCGCUUCAGUCAAAGUGAACACCUGAAGAGCCACAUGAAGACUCACACCGGGGAGAAACCCUACAGCUGUGACCAUUGCAAAAAGUGCUUCGCUCGGCAUGGCGACCUGAACGUCCACAUGAGGACUCACUCCGGCGAGAAGCCCUACAAGUGUGACCAAUGCACGAAGCGCUUCAGUCGGACAAGCCACCUGAAGAGCCACAUGAUGACUCACUCUGGCGAGAUGCCCUACAAGUGUGACCAAUGCACGAAGCGCUUCAGUUGGACAAGCAGCCUGAAGAACCACAUGAGGACUCACUCCGGCGAGAAGCCCUACAGGUGUGACCAAUGCACGAAGCGCUUCAGUCAUGGCUCCUCCCUGAAGAUCCACAUGUCGACUCACACCGGGGAGAAGCCCUAAAAGUGCGACCAAUGCACGAAGCGCUUCAGUCUGACAAGCAGCCUGAAAAUCCACAUGAGGACUCACUCUGGGGAGAAGCCCUGCGUGUGUCUGCAGUGCAACGUUGGCUACAGCGACCCAAGCAAUUUGCGUGUGCACAUGCUCAAGCACACUUUGACGCGGGGUAACGGGACGCUUUGAUUGAGACCUCUGUCCUGUAUUGGUUGAAAUUACUGCUUUUAGUUUUUCUUUUCAUCACGAUUAAACGCUUCGUACCUUCGAUUCACUUUCUGUUUUUAUUAAUUGAUGUCCGUGUUGAAUAACUUAUUUCUAGGACACUUCUGACAGCAAAAUAUUUGAUUUAAUGUAGAGCUUGAUCAGGGGAAGAUACAGGAAGCGAAGUUACCAAGCAUACAGUCAAUGAGACGAUGGGUGUACAUGAUUCUUAUAGGAAACGUUCACAUCGUGGGUAAAUACAAAAGAAACAAAGG